AUGGACAGCUGUCCGUCUGUUGCGAUGAAAACAAAGUGGUAUCCCUUUAUUUUGUGGAGCGUUUUAUCACUUGGCCUUCUAAGCUCUGCGGUGGACACGUAUGAAUCUCCGCUUACGAGAAGGAAAGUGGUUUUCAAACUGGGCGCUCCGAAAAUCAAACUUCCAUUAGCUAAAGACAGAGAAUCCAACCAGAGGCUACCUGCCGACACACCUCCAGAGCCUCAGCGGGGUUACCGAAGGUCCUAUUCCGCUUCAGCACCUGUGACACUUGGACCCAUGCGACCAGGGAAACCCGAGGCAAAGAUCCAGUCAGACUUUGCUUACCUCCCGGACGUCUCUGUAACCUGCUCCACAUCUGACUUUGUCGUCAGGAUCAAACCAGCUUUCUACGGUCUGGGCGCAGAAGCAGAAGAACUGCUGUUAGGAAGCAGCUGUAAAAGCAACGGGCUUCUUAGACCAUACGGCGACCUUCUUUUCUCGUAUCCCCUGACCGCCUGUGAUGGCGUGCGUGAGAUGCCCCACGGUUAUCUGGUUUAUAAAUUCGUGCUCCAUUAUGAGCCGUCGCCAAAACGAUUUCCAAGCAGAGCGCACCGGGUGGAUGUAGCUAUUGAAUGUCGCUACCUAAGGAACCAUCAUGUGCACCAACUGGCUGUCCAACCAACCUGGGAAACAGUUGUUUUCCGUAAAAGGCUGAAAAGUCGUCACACGGACUACCAGAUUACCCUGAUGGAUGAUUCAUGGAGUAGAGCGGUCACCACUCGGGUCUACCAGCUUGGGCAAAAGGUUCAUAUCCAGGUUUCUGCUCCUCAUCUACCUGCUGGAGGAAAACUCUACAUACGUAGCUGCUAUGCAGCUCCAUCUAGUGGCUCUAAAUCGUCCCUGAAAUACUCCAUCAUAGACAACUUUGGCUGUAUGCUGGACAGCAAGGGAGACCUGGGGGCCUCUGAGUUUGUUUCCCGGACAGACAGGACUGUGAGACUUUCCGUGUUGGCCUUCCAGUUUACUGCUGAUCCAAACACUGAGGUCAGUAUCCACUGCAGGUUAUUUGUCACGUCAGAGGAUCCAAGUCCUGUGCACAAAUCCUGCACGUACAGGGGCAACAGGUGGAGGGCGCUUACUGGUGAUGACUCCAUAUGUGAAUGUUGUGAGUCCCGGUGUGUGACUCCUAAGCCCCGGAGGGCUAUGAUGGAAGGUUCUGCCAGCAGUGGGUCAUUACUGGUGUCGGAUCAGUCGUACACAGUAAAGGACCAGUUGCUACCAGUCAGCCUCCCUCUGGACAGCAUAAGAAAACAACAGAGGACCACAAAUCGUUACAGUGAUGAGACGCACAGCCGGGACAGGUUCUUGGGAAAAGCAGUAAAGUAUAAUGAUGAUGGUGAAGAAGAAAGUGGAACUGCUUUUGGAGCGAUGACGGGACUUAAUUUAGAUGAGUUUGGUUUUGGGGAGAGGGUCUUAAAGGGCAAGUGGAAUGAAUCUGAGGUGAAGCGUUUAGAUAAGUUGAGGGAGGAGGGGUCACCGUAUGAAAAAAAGGAUUCAGAUGAGAGAAGUGAAAAUGAAGUUUAUGAUGUAGAGCAAGCGAACGAUCUUAAACCAAAGGGAAGUGAAAUGAUUAGUCACUUGGAGCAGUCGCCACUGUCGAAGAUUGACGCACAGCCACCUGAUUCUAGAGAUGAGGGAGGAAACAGGACACAUGGAGGAAAGGAGGUGGAGGUUGAGGAGAAGGGGUUGAUGACGGUGCACGAGGUGCAGUUGAAGAAUGACAGCAGGACAGCAGAUGCAGAAGAUGGCGGGGAGAUGACGUGGUAUUUUUUUUGGAGGUAG